CUGGGUGCAGCACACACAAGAAGCAGCGCCGUUUCCGGCUCUGAGCGUCUGCUGAUACCGCCGAACCCCAACCGAAAAUCGGCUGUGAUUGGGAUCUAUCCGGUAGGAAUCCUGCGCUUCUAUCCGACGGGUUUCCGGCCAAGCGUUCGCCUGGAGAGAGGCCUGAAGUUGCAGUGAAGCCGCGGGCUUUGAGCCACCGACCAGCGGCAUGGCCCGGGACUACGAUCACCUCUUCAAACUGCUGAUCAUCGGUGACAGCGGUGUUGGGAAGAGCAGUCUACUCCUGCGCUUUGCAGAUAACACUUUUUCAGGUAGUUACAUCACCACUAUAGGAGUGGACUUUAAGAUCCGGACAGUGGAAAUUAACGGAGAGAAGGUGAAACUGCAGAUCUGGGACACAGCAGGACAAGAGCGAUUCAGAACCAUCACGUCUACAUAUUACAGAGGAACCCACGGGGUGAUAGUAGUGUAUGACGUCACCAGUGCUGAAUCCUUCGUCAACGUCAAACGAUGGCUGCACGAAAUCAACCAGAACUGUGACGACGUGUGUCGAAUAUUAGUGGGCAAUAAAAACGAUGAUCCGAACUCAAAGGUCGUGGAGACGAACGAUGCCCAGAAGUUUGCCGAGCAGAUGGGCAUCAGUCUGUUUGAAACGAGCGCAAAAGAAAACAUCAAUGUGGAGGAGAUGUUUAACUGCAUCACAGCGCUGGUGCUCCGAGCAAAGAAAGAGUCUGUGGCCAAACAACAGCAACAACAACAAAACGAUGUGAUUAAACUCAACAAGAAUAGCAAAAGAAAGAAAAAGUGCUGCUAGUGGAUCAAGAGCUGUUCGUGUGCACGACAGUCUUCACGCGCUAACGGACUGUGAGCGUCUCACAAACACAACGGAGAACGAGUCCUUUUUGGACCCAUACAAGCCACAAAGACUUUUAAAAAAAGAAACUGUACAGAUUUUAUUAGAGUUGAGGAGUUUUAUGUGGAAUCUGUAAUAUUUAAUAAAAAGAUCGACCUUCUUUGUCGAAGGACCUGCAAGCUGACGUGAUCGCCAAACCGUGCAGAUUCCUGUAUGCUUCCAGUUAUUCUACAGUGAUGUUUGUCUUUUUAUCUCAGGUGUGAUUUCAUUUUCUCCUAUUUUGCAUUUUCUUUCUCUCUUUUUUCAGCAAGAACAAUUUGGGACUUUUAUUUUGCUUUUUUGAAAUCAUACAGUUUCAAACAUCGACAUAGACUGACAGAUGCCAACAACUCUAAGAAUUCUUCACUGUUAGAUGAGACCAUAUCGAUCAGUGACCCAUCAAACAGAAUUUAUUCUUUGUGUUUUGAUUCGUUAAAUUAUUUUAAUCAAACUGUUUCUUCAUUUCAUUGACUCUCAUGAAGCCUGCCAUGAGAUGUCCAGGUCAUAUUUCACCCCCAAAUCAAAGUAAAUAAAUGCAUAAAUAAAUAUAGUUUGCUUAAAGGCAUAUAAGCAUAUUUUAGACCUCUAUUUUAAAUUUAAAUCAUGGCAGUAUUUGUUGUUCUGCAUAUUUGUAAAGAAAAUACUGUUACAGUAAUAAAAAGCAAAAGAAGAUCACAAAAUAAUGGGAGGAAUAAAAUAAAAUGGCCAUAUGCAUGUUGUUUUGGAGGGUUAAAUUACUAAAAAUGUAAAAAGUUAAUUCAUUAUUUAAAUAAAUAAAUAAAUAAUAAUAAUAAUAAAUAAAAAAUAGUAAAAUGAUGACAUUAAUCAUUAAAUAAAAUAUUUCUCAUCUUGGCACUAGUUUGCAUCCAUUUUCUAGCAUGAUCUUUUGAGUUGAUUUUUAGUUUCAGCAUUCGCUUCGUGUCUUUAAUAGUUAUCGGCACAUCCAGGGCUGGACUAGGAAGAUAAAUCGGCCCGGGAUUUUGCAUCGCAACUGGCCCAAAACUUGAGCGUGGGGGGAUGUUCACUGUCCUUUUCUGCAUAUCGCGGCACCGUUUUGUUGUCCGUUCUGCAUAACGCAGCGGCUCAUUCGUCACAUUUUGCGGUCGACCCACCAGCCCGCUCUGUUCUCCCUAUGGCCAGUCCGCCCCUGAUCGUCCCCAAAGUGCGUCGGCCCACCGGGAAAAUGCCCGGUAUGCCAGAUUACCAGUCCAGCCCUGGGCACAUCACUCAAUGACAGCGAGUGUAUUUUGCCAUUUAUUGAUAAAUGAUCAUAAUUGACCAUUUAUUUAAAUAUCUAUUACAUUUUUAGCAAUUAGUAUGGAGUGCCAAAUUAUUCAAAAUUAAGUCUUUUAAAUAAAUCAUUAAAUAAUGAAAUCGUUAAACCGAUGUUGAGUGUCGUGCCAGUAGCCGUAACCCUGAAAACGAGAAGCGCUCGUGCUUUAAUGAAAACGGACACAAACUAGUGCUAAAAUAAAAUACAGGAGACGUUUAUCGAUUUAAUGAUUCAUUUAAAAAUUAAAGAUUUACGCAUAUCAAUUUCAUAACAAAUUUCUGCCACAUUGAAUUAAAGUCAUUUAAAAUCUGCAUUUUAAGUUUCAUUCAUUUGGAUGAAGAUUGAACCAUAUGAAAAUGUAUCAAAUUUAAAAAUGGAAUUGAAUUCAUGUAUUAAAUGGUUUAAGCAAUGGGAGUCAUUUUGCCCUUGUGAAAAUACAUAUUAAAUAAUAAUAAUAAUGUCGCUUCUUUAGGCACGGUGUUUUUUGUUUUGAUGCUGGGGUGAAAUAUGACCGGAUAUGUUUUUGUGACUUUCACUCUUUUAAGCUCCAGAUCUUUAUUUCGUUGAUGAAUGACUUCAGGCUGAACUUUGAGUCUUACACCGCUUCAGCUCCCGUUUUCCUGCUUCGUUUUUCCUGUAAAGAUGAAAAGUGGGCAGUGAUCCUGCCACAACCUCUGCCCACUCUUUCAGUGUUGCCAUUGUAGUAUUCCUGCAGACGCUUUGCACUCGUUCUGUGAUAGGAGCAGAUGUUCGCGGGAUCGUUCCCCCCAAAAAGAUAAUUCUGUCUUUACUUCCUCGCAUGAGGUUUCAAUCCAUAUGUCUCCCUUUCCUAUGUAACACAAAAGGACUACUUAAGAAACAAAAUCAUCCAGGUUUGAAAUGCCAUGAGCGUGAGUAAUGAAGACAGAAUUCCCGUUUGUGUUGAACUAUUCCUUUAAGCGCUUGAUUCUCGAGCAUCUGAAUAAUCUGAUGCUCGUCUCUUGGAAGACUGACAUUAUUGUGUCGUUUGACAUGUUAUAACACAUUGUUAUAAGUUCUUUAGGGAGCACAUUGUUCAAGACCAUCAAAUGCUCGGAGACGGUCGUACAACAAAGAAAUAGCAAAUACUGUUUUUACACGGUAGCAAUGAGUUGCUCGUGUGGAUGAAACACUUUUUCAGCUGUGGUUAUAUCAUGCACUGGAGAACAGAAAUGUAUAAUGAACACCCCCUUUAUGAAUUAAAUCAUUAAUAAAUAUUUUAAAAGAAUUCAUA